AUGCUGGACGGGCGGACUCUAUCGAUACGUGCCCGUCGGACGGUUGCAGUGUUACCCACACGAUGGCAGAGGUCGGCGGCUCCCAUACAAAAGACUUCCCUCACUCAGGAACAGAAGGAUGAACUGAGAGCAAUCGCUGAGAAGAUCGUUGCUGAUGGAAAAGGAAUUCUCGCUGCUGAUGAGUCCACUGGCACCAUUGGAAAACGACCUCUCUGCCAUCAACACCGAAAACAAUGA